AGUCCACCGGCCUCAGUCGGGCAUAGAAGGCCCUUGUCAGCCUCCCUGCACCCACACGCACUGGCCUUACCUACCUCCCCACCCUUGCCAGGCCUUUCCCACUAUUGCAAGCAACUCUUCACCCUGAUUCAUUCUGCUGCCAGACGGUCCCUGCUUAUCCUCAGGGCCAGCUGCGAUGUUACCUCCCCUGGGACUCCUCCUCUGACUCCCAGCCAGGGCAGCCCGCUGAACUCAGGAACCCACAGCUCUCUGGGCAGCGUCUUGGGGGUGUGUGUUGGGUGUGUCUCUAUCCCUGGGCUGGACACAGGAGGAGUGACCCACCCGGCCACCUGGCUCCACUCACAGCUCCCUUACUGCCACGGGAUUCUACGGUUUAUGGGAAUCCUAGUCCAGGCUCCUCGUCCCCCGCUCCCUUCCCCGGCAUGCUCCAGGGCAGCCAGGUUUACUGUGUAGCCAGUGUUCAGCAGUGUGGGACUCGGGAGGGCAGGGCACAAAGGGUCCAGGGCCCUCUGUGCCUCCUCAACUGCCUCACACCCGUCUGCACCAGACCCAUCCCGAAUCCCACAUUCCUCUCCCACUGUGCUUUCCAUCCAGGACCCCUACAGUAACACCCCCCAUAGGUCCCCUGGGGCACACUUGCCUUCCAGGUCCUGCAUCCUUAACCCCUUGCUCUCCCCCCACAGCCAGUCCCGUACCUUUCGCACCCAAGCUCUUUCCCUCGACUGGCCUUUCAUCCCCCGGCUGAAAUGUCCCUCCCAGAGAAGACUUCCCAGUGACAGGACUCUCCCAUUAGCCAAAGGUUUCCUUCAGGGAGCAAAUGACAAGGUGAACAUGUCAUGUUUCCUUGCUAACAAGUUUCUUGCGUGAACACCAGGAGGGAAGGGACCUGUGUCCUCAAGCCCCUGCUGAGGGGAUGAAUGGAGUACGUGACUGAGUGUGUCCUUGAAAAAACUACCAGUGUGAUUUGGAGCCAGUCACUUACCUCUCUGGGCCUCACUUUCCUCCACCCAGCCCUUACCACCCCAGCUUCAGGAAAUUGGCCCAAUAAUAGCCCCAGAAACUGGGAGGAGUGACCCCGCUCCCUUCAAGCCUAAACUGUCUCCUCUCCUGGAUCCACACACCCUAGCUGUGUCCCAGGCUUCUCCCCCUCUCAGCCACCUACACAGACAGCACCUCCUCCCAGCCCCACCCAUCAGCCCCUCCCAGGUGCCUGCGGUGGAGCAGCCAGCUCCCAGAGCACCUCAGACUCCCUGGCGGCACACCAUGUGGGGUCUAAGGCCCUGGGCUCGAUAUGGGCUACUGGUCAUGGCUCACCUGCUGGCCCUGGGGCUUGGAGCUGUGGUGUUCCAGGCCCUGGAGGGGCCACCAGCACUUCAGCUCCAGGCCAAACUCAGGGCAGAGUUGGUCACUUUCCAGGCGGAGUACAGAGCCUGCCUGCCACCCGGGGUACUAGACGAGCUGCUGGGCACCGCCCUGAUAGCCCAGGCCCAUGGGGUCUCCAGCCUGGGCAAUGGCUCCGAGGCCAGGACCUGGGAUCUGCCCUCGGCCCUGCUCUUCACUACCAGCAUCCUCACCACCACGGGUUAUGGCCACAUGGCCCCGUUAUCUGCAGGUGGAAAGGCCUUCUGCGUGGUCUAUGCAGCGUUGGGGCUGCCAGCCUCCUUAGCACUUGUGGCCACACUGCGUCACUGCCUACUGCCUCUGCUCAGCUGCCCGUUUGCCUGGGUAGCUGUCCGCUGGCAGCUGGCACCGGCCAGGGCUGCGCUGCUGCAGGCAGCUGGACUGGGCCUGCUAGUAGCUGGUACCUUCGUGCUGCUACCAGCACUGGUUCUGUGGGUUCUGCAGGGCAACUGCAGCCUCCUGGAGGCCAUCUACUUCUGCUUCAGCUCGCUCAGCACCAUUGGUCUGGGGGACCUGCUGCCAGGUCGCGGCCGUAACCUGCAUCCAGCGCUUUACCAUCUUGGCCAGAUCGCACUUCUCAGUUACUUGCUCCUGGGGCUCCUGGCCAUGCUGCUGGCUGUGGAGACAUUCUCGGAGCUGCCACAGGUCCAUGCCAUGGUGAAGUUCUUCGGGUCCAGUGGUCCUUUGACCACCGAGGACCAAGGUGGCAUCCUAGGCCAGGACGAACUGUCUUUGAGCACCCUGCCCCCCUCAACCACAGCCCCAGCACAAGCCCCAGCUUGCUGACAAGUGUCAGGUGAUGGAGCUGAACUCCUUUCAGGUGGAGACGCCUGAAGAGGAAGCCUCUAGAGAUGGGAGGAGAGGGAUGGAAGUGAGCACCUCAGGGAAUAAUCUGUUAAUAAAAAAUAAA